UAGAGAGAUCAUAGUCCAGGGUGUAACAUUUGAGACUCCAAACCAAACCUCACAGAAUUCCAGUGCAAAGUACUGUAGAAAGAUAUCCCCAAUCAAAUAGAUUUCUGCUGGGAUUUUCCAGGAGAUGGAAUAGGCACCUUUUUUAAAAGGGGCAGGAUGAAGGUCAAUCAGUGUAUUUUGGCGAAAGCAUUAUAUGAUAACAAUGCUGAAUGUGCUGAUGAGUUGGCUUUCCGGAGAGGAGAUAUCCUGACUAUUCUAGAAAAGAAUGUUCCUGAAAGUGAGGGGUGGUGGAAAUGUUCUCUUCAUGGUCGACAAGGGCUGGCCCCUGCAAAUCGUCUCCAUCUCCUGACUGAUGCUCAAGAGGGUGGACUUUCUCUUUCCUCCCAGAAUAGCUUGGAAGAAUUGCCCGGCAGCCCAGAAAAGACUAACCAUGGACCCUCUGAGAUCAACAGAUCUCCUCUACCAGAUGUAUACGAGCAGAUGGUUGGUUGGGUGAAAUUGCCCAGACCUGCAGUUUCUCCCUCUACAGAUCAAGUGUAUGAGCAACCUGCACCACUGACCACAGCAAAAGUUUUUACUGAAAAGACUCUAAGCUUUGCUAAACAGGACCUUGUUACACUUCCCAGACCAAUUUCAGCCCUCUUAUCAACUAUUAAUCCACAAGUUUAUGAUGUUCCAUCCCCACAAAGACCAAGCCACUUGAUUCCUAAGGAACAGGAACAACAAGUAUAUGACAUUCCAGCAAGCUCUGAAAAAGGAGGAAUCCAUGUUCCAAUGAGACAUGUUUAUGAUGUCCCUUCUCCAACUGCAAGAGUCUUUUCUCUAAGAGAUACACCCUGUGUUUCUUCACCAAUAAAAUCAGUUAGAAAAGGUUUAUCCAAUACUUUGCCUAAUCCUCAGAAGCCUGGAUGGAUUUAUGACACUCCAGUAUCUCCAGAUAAGACAAGUUUGAGACAAGCAUUCCUAUCAAGUCCCCCAGAACAGAAAGCAUUCUAUGAUAUUCCACCUCCUAGGUAUACAUCAACCUUGCAAAAUUCACCAAAUGAUAAAUCAAAGACACACAAACCACAAAAUGUACUCCCAGUUCAGAAAAAAAACAGUCUCCCAGAAAUGCCUCUAUGUGGAUUUCCACUCCCUCGGGAUAUACUACCCUUGAAACCUAGAACUGAAUAUGCUGUCCCCCCAAGUUUUCUGAUUCCUCGCAUGGAACAACAGAACACCAAGCCCAAUAUUUAUGACAUCCCCAAAGGGAUGUCUCUUGCCCCUCAGGUUGGGAAAGAUACUGAAAAGAAAAAUGAUGCUUCAGAAAAUUGUGUUUAUCACAUUCCCUCCUGGCUACCAAGACAUCCAAGGUCAAUAUCCCCUGAGCCAUCUGAACAAGAUAGGUUAUCCAUUUCCAGUGUAGACAGCAGAGCCAGUAUCUCUUCUUGCUCUUCAGCAUCUACUGACCCCUCAUCCAUUUCCUCAUCAGAAGAACCAGGCAAAGAGGUUAUGUUGGACCUGGAGUUAGCCAAAGAGAUGGUAACAGAUCUACAGCACAGAGUAGCUAGCUCCAUAGCAAGUCUGAUGAUCUUUGUGAGUAGUAAGUGGAGAUUCAAAGAAUACCUGGAAGCUAACAUUGAUGAGAUCCAUAGAGCUGCUGAUCAUAUCAAGACAUCCCUGGGAGAAUUUCUGGAUUUUGCCCGAUUGGUCAGUGUAAAUGUUAGCAAUCUCACUGAUAAUAACCUUCAAGUCAGGCUAAAAAAGCAACUUCAGAUUAUUGCAGAUUCCUACCAAAUUCUUCUAGAAACAAUGGAAGCUUUGAAUAACUGUAACUGGUCUCUGGACAUUCUUAUUACUGACAAACUUCAGAACAAUCCUGAUGACCUGGACAGAUUUGUCAUGGUGGCCCGGACAAUUCCAGAAGACAUCAAGCGCUUUGUUUCCAUCAUCAUUGCAAAUGGGAAGCUUCUUUUUAAACAGACCUGUGAGAAAGAAGAGGCUAACCAACUCCACAUUAAAUCAGAACAUAAAUUUGCAACAUUCAUUCAGUUACCCAGAAGAAAAGACUAUGACUUGCACCAAGAGACUAUUGCUUUUGGUAAACCAAGGGAAAGUGAAUUCUCUUCUGAGCCAGCAAGUAAAAAUAUGAGAAAUGUUUGUGAUCAGGAUAAAUCACAGAAGACAAUGAACCUGGAAGAUGUACAGAAAACAGUUUUCAAACAAGAAACAGAGAAGAAAAAAGAUCUUAAAACAAAGAGUCUCUCUCCUCCAAAUCGCAAACUACUGAGUAGGCAGGAUUCAGAGAAGAAAAUCAGCCUUUCAGAACACUGUAAACUGUACUUUGGUGGGCUUCUUAAGGCUAUUGGCAUAUUUAAUGCCAGCCUUAGCAAUAAUCAGCCACCUGAAAUUUUUAUCACCCAGAGUAAAUUGAUCAUCAUGAUAGGCCAAAAGCUGGUGGACUCCCUCUGCCAAGAGACAAAGGAGAAGGAUAUUCGGAAUGAGAUUCUUUGCAGUAGCAGCCAGCUUUGUGGCUUAUUGAAGAAUCUGGCUGUGGCCACCAAGAAUGCAGUCAUCAAAUACCCUAAUGUCGAUGCAAUAAGAGAACUUCAGGAAGAGGCAGAUAAGUUAUGCAAACACACACAACAAGUCAGAGAAAUGCUAGAAUGAGAUCUCACUUCAGUUCUUCUGGUGUAUUACUAUGAAGAUUCAGCAAUCCUUGCUGGGUUGGUCUUACUACUAGCUUCUAUAUAGCCCAUAUAUUUUGGUACUGUUAUCAGCACCUAAUGGACUAUUGUAUCAAGUUGCUAGAAAUUUCCAGGACACUUGUUCCAUAGCAAAUCCUGGCCCAAAGUGAAGCAUUAUUAAACAAGGAUUUUUAAGUAUGUCUGGGAUCAGCAAGUAAAGUAGUGAUUUCAUUCAGGUUUUUCAAUAAAUCUCUAGUGGGUGUCUGCUGUGUGCAGAGCAUUGGGAAAGAUACAAAGUUUAGAUUUGGUCUUGGACUUCUUAGAAUUGAGAGUGCAGGAAACUCUCUAUAGCCCUUGAAGGCGUACAAAAAACUUCCCUCACAACAAUGUAAGGGAAGCAAAGGAUCAAAGGAUCAUUUCCAGAUGAGGAAAUUGAAGUUCAGAAGGAUGAAGUGAUUUGUUCAUAGUUAGAUACUUAAUGAGUGGGCUGAGAUUUAAACCUAGGUCUGGUGACUCUAAGUCCUAUGCUUGUUUUUAUAGAAGUCCAUUUUUAUAUUGGUUAAAAUGAAUUUUUAAUAUUCCAUCUUUUUUUUAAUGAAAAGCAUACCAGGGCUUCUUCCCCCCCACCUUUUGGAAUUUAUUUUGUUAGAAAAAUAUAACCUUUUUUGCAAUUGCUUGUUACACUAAAAUGUCAUUCUCUGAAGUUUUAUUUUAAUCAAUUUAAAUAUUCAUGUGAUACACAAAAUCUGUGUAUUUUCUUAUAUCUUUUGAACUUCCUGUUAAUUUAUUUUGAAUGUGACAUGUAUGCUGACAGUCAUGUAUUGUGAACACACUUUUAUAUUUCCUUAAUCAUCAUAGUUCUGUAUAUUUUAUAGUGUUAUUUAAAUAUAAUAACAUUUAAAUAAUUUGAGGUAUGAACAUUAAUUAUUGCAUCAUUAUCUUCCUAAGAAAUCUUUGUCUAGUGGUUUUCUUCAGAAAUUGGUAUAAAACCUAUUUAGGACAAUUCAAAAAGCGAUCAUUUUCACGUAUUGUACUUUAACCUCUAUUUCCAGAACAUGUCUAAAAGGUGAAGUCAAUUUAUAAUGUCUCUGUCAUAAUGGCAGUCUGUCUUCAAGCCUUUGAAAGUAACAUAUUCUUUUAAAGUUUAAGCUUUACCUUAAACUUAAACAUCCCCCUGAAGCCAUUUAUCUGGUCCCCACCACACUUCUGGAAAGGGCACCUUUUCAUUGGUGGUCAGUGAGAGGAGUACAGGAUGCAGAUGCAUCCUGUGCUCCUGCAGUACUAUAUGUGGUGGUGCUCAUGUACAGUACUACUUCCAGUGACAUAAUCCUUUGCGUGGCGCCUUGUUCUGAGAGUAACUGAAUAAGAACGAGGCAUUGCACAAAGGAUUAAGUGGCUGCACAAUGGAACAUAAGCAUGGUGAGCAGUGAUAUGGGGGUGGGGAUUCCAUACUUUGUAUACUGCUGCCUGGUGUAGUUGUGGCAGUGAUGGGCCUGUGCAAGGUGUGACAGGCCCAUCACAGCCAGUGCUGCAGCCUCCGCUCUCCCAGACAGUGGUAUACAGAUUUGUUCAUAAUUUUUUUAUAGUCUGGCCCUCUAACGGUCUGAGGGAUAGUGAACUGGCCCCCUGUGUAAAAAGUCUGGGGACCCCUGCUUUAAACAAAUGGAAGUAUAGCAUGAUAGUAGUAAAAAGUAUUCUCAAGCAAUCUCCACCUCUUCAAGACAUUACAAGUCCUUGCUCUAAGAAAUUUUAGUAAAGUUCCUUUCAAGAUGUGGUCACAUCCUUCCUUGAGUUCUCCAGGCUAAGAGCCAUACCUUCUUUAUCUGUCUUGGACACAUGUACACAUAGGAAGUAGUAUCAUGUUAUAUACAAAAUAAAGAUUAGCUCUUGGAAUUUUGGUGGUUCUCAUCUAGCAAGGCUCCUCAAAUGAGAAAAAUUCUUUCUUCUCACGAGUUUGCUCCAUAAAUUUGAACAGUGAAAUUAGGGUGGAAAUACACAAUGUUUAUAACUGGCACCCAGUGCAUCCUUUUGUUAGGUCCCUAAAAUCUCAUGCUAUGUGUAAAAAUAAAGUUCCUAAAAUGAAUUUA